UCGUAUGUCUGUCUCAGCAUUUCCAGUGUAUGACUAUGAACUGCCUGUCACAGAAGAGGCUCUCAAUGCUUCCAUUGCAAGAAUCAAUUCUCAGUCCCGGGGGCCAAACUUGUAUGGUGUUGUCAGGAGCCACGUUAGAACUGUUGACAUGUGGAACAGCAAUGAUUACAAGCUAGUGAUACAGUUCAAUAUCCGUGAAACUGUAUGCACCAAAAUUUCAGGGAAAGACCCAUUCACAUGUGACUUCAAAAUAGGGCCUUUUGUGCCAACUGCUUUCUGCAGAAGUGUCGUGAUAGUCUCGGAAGAACAGAUCACAAACAUGGUUGUCCAGUGCCAUCAGGAUAUGUUCAGCUCAGAAUCAAUAAGCAGUGAGGAGAUGAUGCAUGCACAGAUAAUGAACCCCACCACGCGAGGCAGCAGUCUCUCUGAAGAUCUCUUUGCUCCUGAAACCUUCCCUUCAAGAAGAGGUAGUAAUAGCUAUGGAAACUGGCGUAAACGCAGCUAUGUCAGCUCUGACAAGAUUGAGUAACAUGAUCUGGAAUGGAAAAUAAGAAGAAUCAAGAUUCAAAGAUCCAGCACGUGAAGAAGGGACCUGAUGCAACUUCCUUUGCCUUUUGAGCAAAAUCAACUGUGUAACAAAGUGGCAGUUUUCUCC